AUGCCGUUUUCAAUUCAAAUCGUUCGUUGUCCAAAAUGUAAUCAGCCUGUUUAUCACGCUGAAGAAGUAGCCGCAGCGGGUAAAAAAUGGCACAAAACAUGUUUUAAAUGUGGUUUGUGCAAAAAGAUGCUUGAAUCAACUACCCUAGCUGAACAUGAAGGCAAUUUGUUUUGUAAGCAAUGUUAUGCUCGUAAAUUUGGUCCAAAAGGUGUUGGAUUUGGCGGUGGAGCAGGUACUCUUGGAAUGGAUACCGGCGAACAUCUUGGAAAUAAAUCCGGUUCAGAAAUGACAAAUAAACCAAGCUACGCACCACCACCCGGUAUUGGUCAACACGAGUAA